AUGAUCCAGUCCCGAUGUGCGGUGGACUCCUUGGAGAAGAAGAAGCGGCAUAGGAUCUUUGGUCUGUGCACGGAUGGAGAGGACUUCCGUUGUCUGGAGAUUGACAGCGGACUUAACUGGUCGCGACUGCAUCUCACUUACUCCAAUGAUCUCCAGCAGAUUCUCAAAAUGCUCGCCUUCAUCCAUUUUUGCGUCAGCUGCCGCCUUCCUGCUGAAAAGGAUUGGAGAAAUCCAUUCCUAACAGAAAGACUGUUGCCCGAAGGCUGCGGCGUAAGCUGCGUCACUCGGCCAGCAGAACUGGGACCCAUCGGCACCAAGAGAACACUCGACCACUCCAAGUCACCGACGCCACCACAUGUGGUCCUGCGUAUCGCACCUAAAAUCCCCCUUUGA